CAAACUUCAAAGUCAUUAGCGCUGAACCUCAGAUUCCAAGAGAUAAGCGCCGAGGAGAAAGGUUUUUAUUCUCCGGAAUCAUUUGUCUUGUCUCCGCCACCAGCUACGGCUAAGGAAGAGCGGCCGCUCCUUGGGAGAUCCAGGUGGGAAGAAACCCCUUCUUGCAGAGGAUGCGCUUGGCUUGGACCUGCCAAGCUGGGCUAGUCAGAGUGCCAGCACUGGAGGCCUGCGUCUCACUGAUUUGAACACGUGGUGAUGUUCGAGAACGCUGUACAAUGAAGUCCAUUUUGCUGGCCUGCUUCUGCUGCUUCUUCAUCAUCCUCUGUCGGGGAGAACAGACAGUGUCAAAUGAUACGGAAUCGAAUGUUAAGAAUAAAUUGAAGUUACUGGAAAAGUUGGCACUGAAUGGAACCACUGAAAAACAAAGGUCUCCCAGCCAGCUUCGUUGUUUUGAGGACUGGUUCCUGAACCUCAGCUUUCAUGAUAGUAAUCUCAGUGUUCGGUCCGACUACAUCCAUUCCCUGGCCUUCAAACUCAACUGCAACUUCUCCGGGCUGAGACUUCACAGCGAUCGUGAUAAGGACAAAGUUGGGCACGAAAUGCAAUUUCCAGCAGAGCUGGUGAAGAGACCUUGUGUGGAAACCUCUAGGAAAAUUAAACUCAUCUGCAUCUAUUUUACCAUCACUGGCCUCUUCAAGGAUGCUAAGAACAGCAUUCUUCUCAACAAUAACAUUCUGGGGGCCCGACUGGACAACUACAGCAUUUCCGGUCUCAAGGAUAUGGUGAACAUCAGCUUCCGACACAGCCCGGACCUGGAAAAAACUGAUAUGACCUGUGUCUUCUGGAAGGAGGGAGAAGGAAAACAGAGUUCAGGUUCUUGGGAAAGUGACGGCUGCCAAACCAUCAGGGAAAAGACCUGGGUUCGAUGCCGCUGCAACCACCUCACCUAUUUUGCCGUCCUGAUGAAAAUCUCCUCCGCCGCCAUUGACGAGAAGCUGCUGGCCCCUCUCACCUACAUCUCCAUCGUGGGCUGCAGCAUCUCUGUGGUAGCUUCCCUGUUUACGAUCCUGCUCCUCCUCCGCUCCAGGAAGGAGGACAACUGCUUAUGGCAGAUCCACAUCAACCUCCCCGGGUCAGUGCUGCUUCUGAACGGAACCUUCUUGCUGGCCGUGGCCCUGGCAUCCGAGGGCCCCGGGUGCGUGGCCCUGGCCUCUUUCCUGCACUUCUCCCUGCUCAGCUGCCUGACCUGGAUGGCCAUCGAAGGGUUCCACCUCUACCGGCUCCUGGUGCGCGUAUACAAUAUCUACAUCCGGCACUACCUCCUCAAGCUCUGUGCCUUUGGCUGGGGUUUUCCCUCCUUGGUGGUCCUGUGCCUUCUCCUCAUCGAUAGAACCACGUACGGGUACCACGAGAUUAAGUUCAGUACCAGAAAUCCAAAUGCCACCAUCUCCAACAGCUCUGCCUUGUGCUGGAUAAAUUCCCAGAUGGUCCAGAAUGUCUUUGUCCUGGGCUACGGAGGUGUCACCAUACUCUUCAACCUAGUUAUCCUGAUCCUCGUAGCGAGGGUGAUCUGGGGCCUGAGAGCCAAGAACUGUCAACAGAGGACGCAAGGCCCUAUGGUUUUCCGGGACAUGCUCAUUAUCCUGGGCCUGACUGUCCUGCUGGGGACCACCUGGAUCUUGGCCUUCUUCUACUUUAAAGUGGUCCAGGAAUUCCUCUUCUCCAUCAUCAAUUCCCUCUAUGGCCUGUUCCUUUUCCUUUGGUUCUUCACCCGCAAGAGUCAUCCUGACCCAGAAAGCAAAUCGACCAGCUCCUCUUCGCGGUGACCAGCCCACAGGAUGUGGCCAUCGUGGCUUCUUUCCUGUGUCUUUAUUCCAUCUCUCCCACAACCACAUCAAAGAUGUCAGUCAAGUCUGAAAGGCUGACACCCCAGACUGAUAUCCCAGGCCCAAAGAGGGUCCCUGAGCCUUCGGGUUUCAAGACAUUUCCGGGAAGCUAUUCUAGAGAGAGUCACAAUGGACCUUGUGCCCUCCAUGUUUGCGACACCUAGCAUUUCUGGAACUGAGAAUGAUCAGGGUCUGUAUCCAACCUGAUUAUCUUGUAUCUACCCUAGUGCCUAGUACAGUGCCCGGCAUAUUGUAAGUGUUCAAUAAAUACCGUUAAAAAACAAACAAAAAAAGCUAGAGGAGGUGCCGACGCUAACGUCCUCCUCAGUCCGAAUUCCAGGAAAAGGCCUGUGAAUAAUUCCCAUAGCUGAACUCUGGAUGGCAAUAAUUCACCAUCAUUAUCAUCAUCACUGGUAUUUAUUGAGUGCUUACUGUGUGCAGAGCACUAUUACUAAGCGUACAAUACAACAGAAUGGUAGACCCGUUCCCUGCCCACAGUGAGGUUACAGUCUAGAGGCAAAGCCCCACGCUAGAAAUUCGGUGGACUAAACCCGCCCACUAUCUUUUCUCUUACCCUCUUUAUCUCCUUCUGACCUCCCGCUUGAAAUCUUCGGUAUCCCAACAGAAUUCUACUGAACCCAGCUGCAGUCCCUUAGGACUAGCCCACAUCCCUAUUUCUGUGGUUAAACAUGGCAAAUCUUCAUGUCCUGUUUGUUCCUCCAUCUCAGUUCUCCCCUUAGGCUGCUCAGGGGCCAGUUAUGAGAGCUAGCUCUAGGGGAAAGGCAGAUACACGCCUUGGGCCGCCUUAGCCCGAACACUGUGACUGGGGUGGAAAGUUUGAGCUUUAACUAAAGGUGACAGUACUGUAACACAUUAUGAUCGCCGGACAAAUAGUAAUUGUAAUAUUUGUUAAGCACUUACUGUGUGCCAAGCACUUUGCUAAGUGCUGCGGUAGAUAUAGGAUAAUCAGAUUGGACACAGACCUGUUCUGUAUGGGGCUCACAGUCAAAGAGGGACAACUCGCCCAUUUUGUACCGUUUCCCAGCACUUAGUAAGGUGCUCUGCACCUAGUAAGUGCUCAGUAAAAAUACCACUGCACGGUAAAAAGUCCUGCUGCCGCAUGUGACAUCCUGAGGGGUCAGCGAUAGCUCCUUCCCCUGUUCUUGCCUUAGUUUCCCCAAGAGGAGAAUAGAAUGGUCUCAGAGUUGAGGGGAAAUUGACUAAAACAUUCCAGGCGAUCCCAUAUUGUUUCUGUCCUUCAAAUGAAAGGGGUGACUGUGGUGUUGCAGAAGGGUCUCUGGACCCCUAUAGACCCUGAGGCAGCCAGGAAAGAGACCCCGGCCAGUAGGAGGUGGACCCCGUGAGAGCCGCCAUUUGGACCAGUCCUGUUCCAGGUGGGGGAAUGGGCUCAUUCCUUGCUUCCCACGAACGCCCGCCGUGGGCCCCGGUCUCCAUGGUAACUUGUCCCCAGUGGGCCCAUCCAUCCUGGGUUGGCGGCAGUACUCCAUCCGAUGGGAAGAGGGGCUCGGGGACACCUCGAGGGGCACUCAAGCUUGGUCCGGAACGGGUCUGGCACAGCUUCGGCCCUGUCCAUAGGGUGGGGACUGUGGGCUGUACGCUCGUUGCGGGCAGGGAAUGUGACUGUUUAUUGUUAUACUGUACUGUCCCAAGCACUCAGCACAGUGCUUUGCGUAGAGUGAGCCCUCAGCAAAUACAAGUAAAUGAAGGAAUGGACCGACCAGAAACUCCUAGGCAGGACUCUUUCCAUGGGGGCCACUGCAAAAAGGCUGGUACUCACUGCCAUGGCCACGAGAUGGCAGCCCAUCUUCGCAGAGACUAUGUAAGAGAUGCCCAUCGGGCUUCCCCUUCAGUCGAGGGAUGAGAUGGCCAGUGUGCGUCCACUGGAGCUCUGCCCGCAAACCUGCCCCUAGUCGGUAGAGAGGACCGACCCCCUGCCCUCCUCUUUGGUCUCCACCCUGCCUAGAGUGGGACCCAGCAGGCUGGAGAGAAGGACAAACUCACUUCUGCUCGGAUGCGGAUCAUCCAUCUGCUUUAUUUCAUUCACUCGUCCAUUCACCCGCUCUUCCUUGAAUGUGUGUGUUUCAUGUCGCUAAUAAAGAAUGAACUUUA